UAAGCCACCGAGGCAGCGUGGUUCUCAGGAAAUAAUUUUUAAUACACCCAAGAUUUUUUGAAGCAGAGGCUGCCUGCACGCAUUCUUUUCACAACGAAGUUCAGUCUGGGCAUGUACUGGACUUGUAUGUGUGUUUAAAAGGGGUGGGGAAUAAAUAGAACGAGCCUCGCAGUCCUCCUGUUCUUGCUGACUGUACUGAAACAACGCGGCGCUGGAUACUGAGUGGCUGUCUCUAUGUGUAGUAAGUAGACAAUUGAGUACUAUCCCUUUUGUAAGAAGAGGAUAAUUGUCCUCCUUACCAAAUUCUGAGCCAUUUCUAAUAGUUGUGUGAGUCAGACAUUUGCAAUACAAAGAACACAGGAACCGGAAUCCGUUUAGUACUUAAGUACAGGUUUGAGGUAGUCCUUUUUCAAAAUAGCAAACACAAGAUUUAAACCGAAGUGGGCUGCUGCACUCGCUCACUCAGUCGGCAUAUGGGACCGAACCCUUUAAAGACAGUUCUGAGAGAGGAAUGGACUGAUUAGACAAAGAGCACAAAAUCAGAAUCAGCAGUGCCUGGAGUGUAUAAAAGAAGUUGGGAUUGACUCUGAUUCAAGUUGCAGACCAGCUCAUGUGUUCAAUCUAGCCAAUUAAAGCGCAUGUGAAAGUUGUUUUUCUUGGGGAGUCAGUGCCUCAUCAAAAGCCUUCAGGUUUCAGUUUUUAAAUGUAACACCCUGCUGUCGUUGCUUUUUUCAAUCAUCUAAACUAACUCCAGUCGGGUGAACCAUGGAAUCGAUCAAUCAAUCUUUGGAAUCUAAAGCUGAACGGAUAGCGAGGUACAAAGCCGAAAGACGCAGGGAACUGGCAGAGAAGUACCGCAGUCCAGAUGAACUUCCUUCAAAGUACAUCAAGAGGGAUGAAGAGAACGAUAUUUCUUCAGAUAACAGCCAGAAAACCAUUGAAAAGCCCAUAGGCUUUGAGGAGAGCACCGUACAAACACCCAGUAUCCAUGGAGCCAGCAAAGUGGAGCAGCAGAGCGCUCAAGACACCAACAGCAAUUUCAAAGACAUGGAAAGUCUUACAUCCAUUAAAAACAGCCAGAACGAAGGAAGAACUGUCAUGAAGAAUCUGAGUGAAGAGAUGCAAACCCAGGGUAGAGAAGGACAUGUCCCCAGUAUCAAAGAAAUAGAAAAUGGGACAGAAGUGGAUAGUGUUGGAUCAUGGAAACAGCAUAGCCCCAAGCAGUGGUCCCCGGGCUGUGACGCUCUCUACAACCUAGGCAACACUCCGCCGGGCUACAAAACAGCUGUGCUGGACACCCAUGUGUCAGUAGGACAACUGAGAAACAACCUGCUGCAGACUGUAAAUGUGACCAAGGCGGAGAACAUUAACUGUGACAUUGGCCAUGUGACCUCGUCCCUUGACUUGGCGGUCAAGCCAGAGGUCGUGGGUUGCCGCAGGACCAGGCAUUACAUUCCCACUGGAGUAAGCAGGAAAACAUGUGAGCGCUUCAGGACUCAGCCCAUUACCACAGCUGAGCAGCUAGAAAUCAACGGCUCUGUGGAUGGUGCAAAACAGAAGAAGCCUGAAACUGAUGUGAAAACAGAUGACAGAGCGAAGCUAACUGUUGCAGCCAAAAUGUCCCUGUUUAAAGAGCUGGAGAAGACAACUUCCCCCGAGGUGUCCUCAUUCCAGAAGCCUCGCUCCAGCAAUGCCGCUCUGGAGCGCCGGAUUCGCCGUACCAACGAUCGCUCGCGGACGCAGCCAAUCACGACUGAGGAAAUGGUGGUGGCAAACAGCCUUCCGAAGCCAAAGGCAGCAGAUGAAGUUGAGGCUGAGCUGUCGAAGUUGGAUGCUGGAGACCAGGGAGAGAAACCAGAAGGGCAUGACGAGAGCUCCAAAUUGAGCCUUAGCCAGAAGCUGGCUCUCUUCAACAAACUCGCCCAGCCAGAGAGCAAGCCUGCCCCCAACCCCAAGACCAGCGACUCCAAGCGCAGGCAGAAGGGAGCUCGCUACCGCACUCAGCCAAUAACCGUCGAUGAGGUUGAGCUGCUCCAGAAAAACCCAGUGCAGCUGCCACCUCUUCAAUUAUCCAUGCACCUCCCAAACAGACUGCAAAUGCUUUCAGUCAGCUUAAAACCUAGCAAAGUUAGCCGCUCGAUGGAAGCAAGUCAAGUUGAAAAGCCAGCCAGCGAAGUAGCCAAAAACACAGAAGCCAUCAAAGGCCUGACCCCACAGACUCCUCCUCAGAAAGAUUCGGAGUCUCGCGAAAUCAAAGGCAUUUUGAAAAAGCGAACAAUGAGCUCAGAUCUAGAAACCAGCCCGGAAGCCAAAAAGGAGAGUCCUGAAUCAGAGAGUUACAUUUACGACGUUUCUUUUGGUACGCAGACUGAUCACAAAGAAGGGACCCCGAAUCAAGGGGUCCCCUGGAGACGUCAGAGGGAGCAAAAAUCAAGCGUUGAUACAAAGCCCCCGACUCAGCCAUCGGGAGAGGUGGAAGACGAGCACACUGCCAGCAAGACUGAUCUCUCUUCAGAGUCAAAACACACAGAUGUAUUUACGUCAGAAACAACCACCGCAAAGUCUGCCCACACCCCAUGGCGACAGCAGAGAAACAAAUCGAGUCUGUCAGACUCCAAAGAAGACCUGCAAGAAAUGCCACCACAGUCCCCCAUAACUGUGGAAAAGAAACUCAAGGAGCCCCCUGCUGAACCUGAGGAGAGCAAGAUGGUGACAGAAGAACCCACCGUCAAUUCACCAACUUCAGAGACGGAGGAGCUCAAUGAUUCUUUUGACUCGAACCAAGGAGGAUUGUUAAAGAACAGGCUGGCUAAGCUGAUGACUGCCGAUGAGGCCCAGAAGUAUAAAAGCAACAGCCAGCUGAGCGAUGCUUUCCGAGUGUCUCUGGCCGACCGCUGCAACCAACUGCAGGGAGCAGAGAACACCUGGAGGAAGAAGGUACAGAGUGAAAAUACCAAUGGUACCACUAUGUGCACUUCGUGCUGGGACCCAGUCUAUUCUUCUGUCUUUCUCCCCAUGAGCACUAAAUCCCAGUAUGUAGUCUGUUAUAACCAGACUACUCUUUCCUAUGAGGCACAGGAGGUCUCUGCGACACAGGGUUACACUCUCCCUGCCUGGAGACAAAAGAAAGCGACGGCAGAGGUGGAGACGAAGCUGACCCUCGCUGAGAGAAUGCAGACCCUGCAGGAAAAGGACCAGCAAUGGAAAGUGAAGGGAAAAGGCGCCUUCAACGACUCCACACAGUUCACUGUAGCUGGGCGCAUGGCAAAGAGAGGUUUAGUGUCUCCAGUUUCAGCACACGAGGAUGCGCCCUUAUUCCACUGCAAAAAAUCAACCACAGGAACCCCAGUAAAACCCCUGGAAGAGAUUUCCAGCAGGUCUGGUGUGGAGGUUGAGGGAGAUAAGAGACUUGAUAAACUGGAGUCCUUCCUGGGAAAGCUGCACAAUAAAGGGACCGGGUUCCAGGAGACCUCAAUCACGGUGACCACAGAGAGUGUGAAGGAGGUGAUGAAGCUGGAUGAUGACGAGACCUUCAGCAAGUUCUACAGCACAUCGUCCAGCGUGGUGACCUCCAGCAAUGCUCUGGAGAUCGAGGAGGACUUCAGCACCAUAUUUGAGGCGCACUCUCCAAAGCUGACGUCUACAGUAACGGAGCAUAAACGCGCAGUGAGACCGACCCGUAAAACCCGCGCCUCCCGCAACCCUCUGAAAGUCCUGGCAGCGCGGGAAGACAUCCGACAGGAGUACACUGAGCAGCGGCUUAACGUGGGCGUCCUCGAGUCCAAGAGGAUCCAAGUGGAGAGAAUGGCAAAGCACUCCAACUAUGCAGAUGUGGCCCUGGCAGGUCUCGCCAGCAAAGAGAACUUUAAGAAGGUGAACCUUCGCAAUGUGAAGUCCACAGAACAGGUUACAAACAACAGUGCAGUGCCGUUCAACAAACUGAUGCUGAUCCAAAUUAAAGGUCGCAGGCAUGUCCAGGUCAGACUAGUGGAGCCCACAGCCAAGUCUUUGAAUAGUGGUGAUUGCUUUCUGUUGAUCACCCCAGAGAACUGCUACUUAUGGACGGGAGAAUUUGCCAACGUCAUUGAAAAGGCCAAGGCAUCAGAACUGGCUUCAUUUAUUCAGACUAAAAGAGACCUGGGCUGCAAAGCGUCACACGUCACGAUUCUAGAGGAAGGAAUCAAUACAAACAGCAGCCGGGCGAAGGAGUUCUGGAAUCUUCUCAAGGGAAAGACUGAGUAUCAAGAGGUGGAAGACUCGGUUUGUGUUGGUACAGGUGCAGGUGAUCCGGAGGAAGAUGAAGUGUAUGAGAGCGCAGUGGUGGAGUCGAACUGUGUGUAUCGGCUCGUGGAAGACCGACUAGUACCACAUGAGGAGGCCUGGGCCACCGUCCCCAGCAUCUCUCUGCUCAACUCCAAGGAGGUUCUGGUGUUUGAUUUUGGCAGUGAGGUGUACAUUUGGCAUGGAAAGGAAGUGCCUCUGGGGGACAGAAAGUUAGCCGUGCAGCUUGGGAAGCAGCUCUGGAACGGGCCGUAUGACUAUAGCAACUGCAGGAUGAACCCUCUGUGCUCUGGAGGGAGCAGCGCGCAAACUCUGCAGCAGGGGGAGGGUCGGCCGGAAUGGGCCAUCUUUGGGCGUCUGUCGGAGCACAACGAGACAGCUUUGUUCAAAGAGAAAUUCCUGGACUGGGGCGAGUUCAAGAGUGCCAAGGAGGAGCAGCCGGUGGUGGAAGUGAAGAGCCCCACACAGUCCCCCUACGAGUCGGAGCUGAAGUCCUACGAUGCGAAACUCCUGAUCGCCCCCUCGGAGGGGGCAGUGAGGAUGGUGCUGGAAGGACUCAAUGUGCAGAGGGGGCACGGCCAGAUCGAGACGGAGGACAGGAGGCUGGUGGAGAUCGGGACUGUGGAGGUGGACGUUUGGCACAUCCGCGAGUUUGAUUACAUUGACAUCCCCCGGGAGAGCGUGGGACAGUUCCAUGAGGGAGAGACCUACGUCAUCAAGUGGAAAUACACAGUGACCAGUGUGGUGGGGAAGCGACAGAAGACAGACCAGCAGAGCACCAGCGGCCCUGGGAAGGAGAAGGUGGCAUAUUUCUUCUGGCAGGGGAGCCAGUCCAGCGUCAGUGGGAAGGGGGCCUCAGCGCUUAUGACUGUGGAGAUGGGCAAACACCAGGGGGCUCAGGUACUGGUGGCCCAAGGGAAAGAGUCCCCCUGCUUCCUGCAGCUGUUCCAGGGAGGAAUGGUCACCCACAGGGGCUGCCGAGAGCAGGAUGGAACCAGCAGGAAAGCCGGCUGGCGGUUGUUCUGUGUGCGUGGCGAGGUCACCGCUGAAGGCAGUUUGCUGGAGGUGGAGAGCAGCUGCCUCAGCCUGAGGUCCAGGGUGUCCCUCAUUCUGCUGAACCCCCAGAGGGAGACGCUCUACCUCUGGCAUGGCUGCAAAUCCCAGAGCAGCAUCCGAGAAGUGGGGAAGAAAGCAGUGGACUGCAUUAGACAACUCUGUCCGGCAGAGAUGGGUCUCCAUAGCAACAGCACAGUGACAGUACAGGAGUUAGAGGAAGGGUUUGAACCAGUGGAGUUCUGGAAUGCUCUGGAACAACAGGAUCGGAAAGCAUAUGACUGUAUGCUACAAGACCCUGGUAAAUAUAACUUCUCGCCUCGGCUGUUCCGAAUGAGUGGCUCUUCAGGAGAAUUCAUUGUGGAGGAGCAGCUGAGCCCUGCCUGGGUCUCUAACACUGUGAUGGCCAUGCCGUUUCUACAAGACAACCUGUACUCCACCAAGCAGCCAGCCUUGUUCCUGCUUGAUAACCGCAUGGAGGUGUACCUGUGGCAAGGCUGGCAGCCAGCUGAUACUGAGGAAACAGGCUCUGCACAGAUCCGCUGGGACUUGGAGAGAAAAUGUGCCAUGGAGACCGUGCUGCAGUACUGCAAAGAAAAGAAUCCCAGACGCCCUCCCAGAGCCUACCUGAUACACGCUGGUGCAGAACCGCUUACCUUCACCAACAUCUUCCCCAAGUGGGAGGCCGACCCCAACAUCUUGAGUCAGGCGGAGGCUGUUCGAAACAAGGUUAUUCUGGUGCAGGAUGCACUCGCCCGGUUAUGCAAAACUCAGUACUCCUUUGAAGAACUUCAAGCCAAACCACUCCCCGAAGGAGUUGACCCACUCAAACUGGAAAUCUACCUGUCCAAUGAGGACUUCCAGAGAGUUUUGGAGAUGAAGAGAGAUGAAUUCAACUCUCUUCCAAACUGGAAACAAAUUAACCUGAAAAAAAGCAAAGGACUUUUCUAAAAACAGCAAGCAAACAAAAAAUACUAUUCUGUAUACGCAAUACUAUUUCAUAAAAUACACUGCACUUUUUGUAUUUUUAUUAAAAAUAUAUAUUUUCUGUAAAAUGAUAAAAAUGUAAAUGUAUAGUCUCAUUAUCUGUCUUUAGAAUAUAUGGCAUCUGCAUUUUAACUGUGGAAGCCUAUUUUAUAUAUUAUGAGUUAUGAUAGCCAAACUAAUAGCUAUGAUGAAACUAAGGGCGAGUUAUCUUUAAUUACAGAUAAUCAAACCUAUUUGCAAUUUUAAAAAUAGCUGGAAAUUGUAUGUGUGUGUAUGUAUAUGUGUGUAUAUAUAUAUAUAUAUAUAUAUAUAUAUAUAUAUAUAUAUAUAUAUAUAUAUAUAUAACACACACACACACACACAAUAUAUUGUUUUUUGUUUUUCUUUGCAAUUGUACUUUUCAGUACUGCCAUGAAAACAGAUGUAAAAUGGUGCUUGGAAUUUGUAUAAUGUAUAUAUCAUUUAAUUUCGGGUGUAUUUAGAAUUGUUUUUAGCAGCUACUACUAUGAACGACAUGCAUGCGUUCACACAAAAAUAUUACAUAAUGUAAUCUUUAUAUGGUAAAAAUAUAUUUUGUUUUGAAGUGUGCUGUUUAGUUAGUGGCCUCUGAGCCAGUGGGGUUGGUAUGCUAGCAGUACUUACUGUAAAGACUGUACUAGUUCAGUGGUUUCAAAAUAAAAUGCAAUGUUUUGGUAAACAGUAUAACAUAAGUAUAGUAGCAUUAUACACACAAUCGGUGUUUACAGGUAAGAUAUAGCCUACAUACAAACUCAAAGACUGGAAAUCCUUACUGUAUACGUUUUUUUGGGUACCUAAUUUGGAUGCAUUUUAUUGGAAAACACAAGCCCUCAAUAACCCAUCAUUAAGUGGAAGUGGAUUUGAGAAGCAAUAGGAUUUACAUCUGCCAAUUCUGUUAUAUACUGAGCAUCAAAAGAAACGUAUCACUUAUAUUUGAGCAUCAAAAGAAACGUCACUUAUAUUUGGAUAAAAUUCACUAGAUGCGAUCGAAAAAUGACAAACUCUGUUUUAGCGCAGGUGCAGUGACAUUGUAUUGUGCUGACUAACAAUUGGCAUCACGAAGAUGCUGCAAAAUGAUCUGUCGAUCUGUUAGGCAGGUGUUGUGACUCUUGGUCUCCCAGUUCGUGGCCUGUCAUUGACAGAGUCUCGACAGGUAUGAAAUUGCUGGCUGUGAGCACCCAAGACGGCGACAGUACGCUACCCUAGUCCAGCCUCCAACAUGCCAAUUGCACGAAGACGCUGCUCUCUUGACAGAUGUGGGCUAUUGGUUUUUUUUCUGUGAUUUUCUUUAUUGCUUUUAUUCAAGCUUGCAGUUCAACAGCUGAAAUCACUCCAUAUCCAGUGUCCAAUCAACUGUCUCACUAAUUAGGUGAUUAAGUGCAUGUGUUUCAGUCAUAGUCACUGAAGCCUGUCAUGGUCAAGGAUGAAUGAUCGAGUGAUUAAAAAGAAACCAAAAACAUUUAGUCAAUGUCCAUCAUUUCUAUACCUUAUUUCUGUGUAUGUAAAUGUGUUAUAAUAGUGAUAAGUUUCUUUUGAUGCUCGGUAUAUAUUGUUUCAAUACAGAGCAUCGAUAGCAAAGGAUUUUUUCUUGUUUAGUCUCUGUAAUAAAAAACUCUGAACCCAUGUGCUGAUAAGCUAUUGUAUUUACCUUCUCAAACCUAUUGCAAAACAAAAUAUAACAUUCAAGGUGAAUUUCAGUAACAAUAGUACAUGUUUACAUCAUCAAAAUACACAAAUUACUGUAAAUAAACAGCGCAAGUACUAUAUUGAAUACAUACCUGAAACAUUACAGCAAUUUUUUUAAUAAUAAAUAUGAUUGUAAUUGAAAAUAAUGUUCUGCAGUACAGUAUUUUUUCUUUCAGUGUAAUUUGGUGGUUGUUAGGUGCAUGUGGAAUUCUUUGGGGAAAGUUCACAGCAACCUUCAAAUAAUGGGAUUUUUUGCUACAGUGCAAAUUUAACAAAGGAGAAUAAAACUGUUAAUGUUUCAAAAAGAGUAAACAUCUUGAAUGUUUCUUUAGAAGGCUCUUGCAACAGAUACAUGUACAGUCAGAGAAAGAGUAAACAUGUGUAAUAAAUCAAGUGAGAAGCCCGUGUAACAGGGCAGAGGCUGGGUGCGAACCGCUGAUCACACACACCCCGCAAGCGAGCAUCCAAACCACAGUGCAAGAGCUGGGCUUGCUUGCAUCCGCGGUUUAAGACCUUUUAACCUCAUCUCAUCUCACCGACAGGGGGCUGGAGAGAACUGGUAACGGCACUGUAUCACACAACACUGCCUGUUACACCUGCAUACUGAAAUAACAUAUAUUAUAAACAGUUUUACACUGUAUUUUAUAAGAACUGUCAUGUAGGAUCAGGUCAUUGUUUUCCGUGCAUUUACAGCAAGAUAAGAUGUAUUGGAAUGUUGGCAAGUGGAUAUGGUAUUUAACAGCUUUAUUAUCCUUAGUAAACAAGCUAACCAUUAUUGUUGGACAACUAAUAUUAUAUUUAACUGUAGCACAGUAAUAUCAAAUUGGAUUUCUUUCUUUUUUUUUUUGCAAACUCUAAAUUGAGAAUAUAACUGAAUCAAACAUUUUCUUCUCCAAUUAUUCCGAAUGACCUGCCGCUUAAACUUUUCUAUUGGCAUUUAUAGUUUACACAACUUUAAGAGUGGAUUAGAAAUAAUCCCCCAUGUGACAGAAGACUUUAAUUCUGGGCGCCUCAGACCAAUUAUUUAAAAACAAUGAAAAGUGACUGACCAGUGUUUUGAUGGUACAUUAAUACAGAAUAGACAUGUCUUCUAUCACAUAUAAACACAGUAACACGUUCAAUUAUUUGAAAUAUGCUUGGGUUAAAGAAUAAUACGUAAAAAAGUACCGCUAAAAGUGCUAAUUAAAAAAAAAAAAAAAGCAUUAUCAAUGACAAAAGAAAUUAAAA